AUGUGCACCAGCCCGACUAAUUAUUUAAUAUCCAACACUCUCACCUUCCUGCAGAUAGUUAACCUUGUACCAACGGCAAACGAGACCGCCGAGCCAGAGUUCACGAUUAGCACGUUUUAUUCACCCCAACCGUUUAUUCUCGGCGACGACAUUCGCCUUCGCUGCGUGGUCACCCCAACUCCAGCCCGCAUCCAGUACGAGUGGCGUCGAAAUGAUCAGGUCGUCUCACGUGACUCUGAGUUCGUCAUCCACAACAUCGGUCCCGAUCAUGUGGGUGUGUAUCGGUGCAUCGCACUCAUCGACGGCGUCGAGUGGGGCGAUGAGUUGCCGGUACCUCCGCCCUCCGGAAGCCAGGAGUUGCCAGACAACAUUGAAGUGCGGCCAGAUUUCAUUCUGAAGUCGGUCUUCCAACCAUUCAAGGUGGAAUGCAUCUCUUUGCAACCAGGCGUCGCGCCGAUCGCCCAGUUCCCCGGCGGAGUCGCCAUCGACUCGGACGCUCGCUUCAUCAUCCGCCGGCCGGAUACUCAACGACUCGUCAUCGAGGCCUACGAAGGUCUCUCCAGCGUCUACAAUGGACUCCGCAUUCAGUAA